AUGGCUUUUUCUACCACUUCAUUGGUCUUCGAGCCUAAUGCCUUGUACAUUGCCAUUCUGGAUCGGGGAGAGACGUAUUCUUUCCAAUGGGAACUAUACCUCGCGAAGACAGCCACAGAGGGGAUCGUUUUUCACAUCACCAACGAGGCUGGCCAGGCGAAGUGGGAGUACGACCGAGCACAGACAAACCAGAUGCCCCAACAACGCCGACUGCUUCUGGCACUCAACAUCGGAUCGGUGGAGCCAGUACUACACAAUGCCCUAUCGGAUCGACUUGCCCUGGUCCCAUUGACUCCAUUUUCGUCGCGAUUCAGCGAACAACUGAACUGCCGGGUGUGGCUGAAAGAGGCGUUAUUUGUAAUAGAUGACGAGGGAUAUGUUAAUUUGGGCAAAGGCCCGGCGAUGAUUGAGGAGGAAGCUAGGUACCUUGCAAUGAUGUGCAAGAGCAAGCAUGAGCGCAAGGUGGUUCGGAGUAAGAUGUGCAUGUCGUGA